AUGGAGUCCGAAGCCUUAAUGACGCUGCUGAGUGGGACCAGCAGGCAGGUGCAUAGGCUGUGUCGAGCCGGCCUGUCCUUCCUCACAGUGCUCCGGCUCGGAUCGCUGGCGCUGGGGGCCAAGACCCUAUGGCGAGACGAGAUGGCCGACCUGCAGUGCAAUUCCACCUCGCAGGGCUGCAUCUUGUCUUGCUUCGACAAGGCCUUCCCCAUCUCCCCUUUCAACCUCUUUCUGCUGCAGGCGGCUAGCCUCCUGACGCAUGGGGUGGCCUGCGCUUGCAUCUUCCACUCGCCUAGGUGCCAGGGGAAAAGUGGCUGGUGGCGCGGCCCACUCCACGGCAAGAGCCACGGGCUGCGGCUGCAUUGGGUCAGUCUCUUGGCGAAGGCCCUCCUGGAAGGAAUCUUUCUGAUGGCGUUCCACGGCCUCUACAGUCGCUAUCCAUCAGGGCUCCGCUGCCCUCUGUCAGUCACCUGCCCCAAAGCUGUGCUGUGCGCCAUCCAGUAUGCCAACUGGAAAGACACAUUCAACCUUUUUGUAGCUGGGAUGACCUGGGUGUCCGUCGCGCUGUGCCUUGUCGCCCUGUACCCGGCAAUUGCCGAAACCCUUCGGCCUCCAUCAAGCCCUCUGAAAAAUCAACUGGCACGCCCCUUUUUAGUCUCACAUCCUUGA